ACUGAGGCUUGGCUCUGUCAAGAAACCUCAGUGCUCGGGUACCCGCAGUGGCAACUUGUCUCUCCGGGGAAGACGUUUUACGUCAUCUUUCGCCUGAAGUUUGUCUCCGAAGUUGCCGAUUUAAUGGUUCUAGGACAUCUCUUGGCUUAGAAUACCGUUGGCAUGCUGGAUGUUUGAGCUAUUCUUCCCACGAUGCACCCCUGGCCGAAGGUGGCCUGGGUCCUACUGCUAAUGCUCCUCUCUGAUUGGCUGAAGGCUACUCUGUCCCGCGACUUCACUGUCAAAGACAUUGUCUACCUCCAUCCAUCAACCACUCCCUAUCCCGGAGGCUUUAAGUGUUUCACCUGCGAGAACGCUGUGGAUAACUUCGACUGCAACCGCUGGGCACCCGAUAUGUACUGUCCACCAGACACUAGGUACUGCUACACAAGCCACAAGAUGGACGCCGCAGGGGCCAGUGUGUCUGUGACCAAGCGAUGUGUGGCCCUCGAUGAAUGUGUUCACACAGGGUGCACAGACGUCCAUCAUGAAGGACACAGGGUCUGCACCGCCUGCUGUGAAGGAAACAUCUGCAACAUGCCGGUCCCCAGGAAUGACAGUUCAGCCAUCUUUGCCACCACCUCCCCCCUGAACAGAACCAGUGUGAUCUCCCAAGACUGGACCGUCUGGCUCAGCAUAGUCUUCCUACUCAUACAUAGCCUCUCAUAAGACCAGGGCUAGUUGGAGAGAUUUAAGUUAUGCUUUAUAUUAUUUGAUAUUGCUAAAUUAUUGUUGUUUGUUUGUUUAUUGUUUUUAAACAGUAUUACAUUUUUGUGCUUGUUUAAUUCUUAACAAUUUAUAAAGACAAAGUGAAUGAGCCAGUUUUUAAACCUACAGUCUAUCGUGGUCAAACAUGGUAAAACUGCUACACAAAAAGAAAUGAUCUGGGUUUGUUACAUAUGUACAUAUAUAAUAUUUAUUUUUUUACAAUGUAGGUACUUGUGGCAAUAUUGCAUGAAGAUUAUUGCUUGUAUCAUGUGCCAAACGUUU